AAAGCGACUCGGCGCUUUGGUUUUUGCAUCUUAAUGAGGAUAAAUUUGUUAUGCGGCUAGGAUUUGUGUUUGUUGUUGUUUAAAUAAUACGUGACUUUAUUGGCCCUGCUAAUAGAAAUGGUCCUGAGCCUGAUCUCUGAUCCUUAUCUUUUCGUUCGGCGCUAAAAUGUAAAUUGGUUUGAGGAAAACACAGAACAAAAAAAGCAAAGACCGAACGAUAGAAAUUCGAGAAUUUCGAUUUUCGAAUUGCGAACCCAAAGCAGCAACGAGGUGAAGGUCAAGCGAUGACUAUGUUCUGGCACAAUGAGGAUCAGCAGACAACGGAUCAGCAACAACAAAAGUCAAAGACCGCCGCAUCCACUGCCAAUCCCGCCAAGCGACUAAACAUUAGCUUCAAUGUAAAGAUUGCCGUGAAUGUCAACACCAAGAUGAGCACCACGCACAUCAACCAGUCGCCGCAGCAGCAGCAGCAGCAGCAGCCCAACUCCAAGAGCACCUAUUCACCCAGCAAGAUCGUGGUGCAGCAACAGCAUCACGGCGGCACCUUCGAUCUCCGCCAGCAGCUAACCCGGUUGGGUCGUCAGCUAACCAGCGGCCAGGAUGGUCAUGGUGGCAUAUCCACGGUUCUUAUUGUAAAUCUCCUCCUGCUCAUCUUGCUCUCCAUCUGCUGUGACGUGUGCCGCUCCCAUAACUACUCAGCUCCGCGCAACGGUCCCGAGCCCCUGAAGGAGCGGCAACUGGGCCUGCUACGUCCUAAGCUGGACAGCGAUGUGGUGGAGAAGGUGGCUAUCUGGCACAAGCAUGCCGCCGCAGAUCCGCCCAGCAUCAUUGAGGGAAUAGCCACUUUAGGAAGCAGACUUAUCACAGUGUCUCCUUCGGAGCAGGAGGAGGACAAGGAGCAGGGGCAGGAACAGGAACAGGAACAGGAACAGGAGCAGGUGCAGCUACAGCAGCAUCAGGGCGUCGACGAGCGGAUGAUCCUUGAACGUGUUACCCGGGAAUGUGUCCAGCGUUGCAUUGUGGAGGAGGAUCUGUUUCUGGACGAGUUCGGUAUCCAGUGCGGGAAGGCGGACAACAGCGAGAAGUGCUACAAGACGAGAUGCACGAAGGGCUGUGCACAGUGGUAUCGCGCCCUCAAGGAGCUGGAGCCCUGCCAGGAGGCCUGUCUUUCCCUGCAAUUUCAGCCCUAUGACAUGCCCUGCAUAGGUGCCUGCGAGAUGGCCCAGCGGGACUAUUGGCACCUCCAGCGGCUGGCCAUUAGCUCCAUGGUGGAGCGAACACAGCCGCAACUAGAGCGGGCACCGCGUCCCGAUGGACAGACGCCGCCGUUGACCAUACGCUGGGCAAUGCAUUUUCCAGAGCAUUAUCUGGCCAGCAGGCCUUUUAAUAUACAAUAUCAGUAUGUGGAGCAUCAGGGGGAGGAAGAGGAGCAGGAUCAGAAGCAGCAGGAUCAGCAGGAGCAGCAGAAUCAAGAGCAUGAUGAAGAAAAGGGCAGCACCUGGUUCAACUUGGCGGACUACGACUGCGACGAGUACUAUGUCUGUGAGAUUCUCGAGGCUCUGAUACCCUACACUCAGUACAGAUUCCGCUUCGAGUUGCCCUUUGGCGAGGACAGCGACGAGGUGCUCUACUCUCCGCCUACGCCAGCCUAUCAAACGCCGCCAGAGGGAGCUCCCAUCUCGCCGCCGGUCAUUGAGCAUCUGCUGGCCAUGGAUAAUGGCCAUCUGGCGGUGCACUGGCACCCUGGACGCUUCACCAAUGGACCCAUCGAGGGCUAUAGACUGCGUUUGAGUUCGGAGGGAAAUCGCAUCCAGGAACAGCUGGUGCCGGUUUCCCGUGGUAGCCACAUCUUUGCCCAUCUUCUGGCUGGCACCAACUACACGCUGGAGUUGACGAUGAUCAACAAGCAGGGUGAGGGUCCCGUGGCCAAGGCUUGGGCUGAGACACAGCUUCUGCCCAACGAGAAGCCAGUGAAGGAUCUAACCGAGGCUGUGCUCCUGGUGGGACGGAGGAGGGUCGUCUGGCAGUCGCUGGAGCCGGCAGGCGAGAGCUCCACGAUCUAUCAGUCGCAGGAGGAGCUGGCCGAUGUGGCCUGGUCGCAGCAGAAUCAACAGUUGUGGCUUCUAGAUGUCCAUGGGGACUUGCGCAGUCUGAAGGUGGAGGCUGGACAGAUGAUACGUCCCGCCCAGAAACUGCAACUGGUUUUGGGAAAUAUCACUGCAAUCAAAGGAGGACAAUGGUUACCCCGCCGACUGACCUACGACUGGCAGCAUCUGCGUCUAUACUUCGCCCUAGAUCUCCUUGAGGGGAACCGCUCCACCUCACAGUUGGUCAGCACGGAUUUGGAGGGUGGCACAGCGGAGACACUAGGCGGUUCUCUUCAGCUGCCCGUGGAGCAGAUGGAGGUGGAUGCCCUGAAUGGUUGGCUCUUUUGGCGGGACGAGGAGGGUCUGUGGCGCCAAGACCUGCAGGGUAGGCAUAGACAUCGUCUGUUAAGGAUCAGGCAGCCGGGUUGGUUCGUCCUACGUCCCCAGCACUGGCUUAUACGCCUCCUGUUGCCCCAGGAGGAGGAGGCGGAGAACAAGUUCCUCGAGCUGAGCUAUGAUGGUGCCUUUAAACAAUCCCUCCCUCGGAAUGGUUCCUCCUCCUUUGCCUGGACCAGCUUCGCCAUGCUGGGCAGCUCGUGGCUGCUGCCCGAGAAGGACAACCUGGUCCUGAUGAGUGGAACGGCUCUGGCCGCCUCCUGGCCCCUGAAGAACCUGCCCGACUGCUGGGCAGUGAUGCUUUUGGUGGGGGAAACUCAACCCCUGGCGAGCUUUGGUGGCGGAGGAGGCAGACCCCAUCGGUUGAGGGCUCGAGUUGGCGCCCAGGCGGCAAAGAUCUCGUGGCGGGAGCCUUUUCGCAAUCCCUACCAAUCGGCGGACAUGGCCCGCGGCUGGAGCUAUGAGCUGGAGGUCCUGGACGUGGCCAGCCAGAGUGCCUUUAGCAUCCGGAACAUACGCGGACCCUUCUUUGGCCUGCAGCGCCUUCAACCGGACAAUCUCUACCAGCUGAGGGUGCGGGCCAUCAGUGCCGAUGGCGGGGAGCCUGGCGUUUGGACAGAACCGCUGGCGGCACGCACGUGGCCACUGGGACCCCACCGCCUGCGCUGGGCCAGCCGGAGCGGCGGCAGGCUUCUGGUCACCGACGAACUGGGCGAGCGGUCUGAACUGCAGGCAUUACGGUUGCAGGAUCAGCCCGGGGCCAUGACCAUGGUCAACGAGAGCAUCGGCUACUAUGUGAGCGGCGGCGCUGGGCUGCUGCACUGCGUCAAUUUCCUGCACAGCCAGACAGGAGCGGGCUGUCCCCUGGCGGAGCCACUGCGUCAUGUGGGCUCCAUAACCUACGACUGGCGGGGCGGGCGACUGUACUGGACGGAUCUGGCCAGGAACUGUGUGGUGCGCAUGGAUCCCUGGUCAGGUCGGCGCGACCUGCUGCCCAUCUUCGAGGCUCGCUCCCUGGCCAUGGACUCGCGGCAGGGUCACCUCUACUAUGCCACCGGCUCCCAGCUGGCCCGGCAUGGAGCCACACCCGAGGAGGCGGUGUCCUACUAUCGAGUGAGCGGGUUGGAGGGCAGCAUUGCCUCCUUUGUGCUGGACACGCAGCAGGAGCAGCUCUACUGGCUGGUGGGCAGUGCCUCAGCCUCGUCCUUGAGCUUGUAUCGGGCUCCCUUAACUCCUGGAGGAGGCCUCGGCGCCGAUGGAGCCGAGCUGCUGCGGCAGGUAAAGGGCGUGACUGUCGGCCAGAGGGUCAUCCCGCAGAGCCUUCAGCUGCUGAGGCCGCUGGGUGCUCUCCUCUGGCUGGAGCAGAGCGGUCGCAGGGCGCGUUUGGUUCGUCUGACGUCGCCCCAAGAUUCCAUGGAGCUGCCGGCGCCUAACGAAGCCUCUCCCGCCUCCGCCUUGCAGUUGCUGGACCAACAAUCUCCUCCAGCUCCGGACAGCGGUGUGGUGCCCUUGACCGUGGCCCCGGAUAGCGUGCGCCUGGACGAUGGCCACUGGGAUGAUUUCCAUGUCCGCUGGCAACCCUCCACGUCGGCGGGCAACCACAGUGUCUCGUACAGGGUACUCCUUGAGUUUGGCCAGCGCUUGCAGACCCUCGACCUGACCACGCCCUUUGCCCGGCUCACCCAGCUGCCGCAGGCUCAGCUCCAGCUGAGGAUCAGCAUCACGCCGCGCACAGCCUGGCGGAGUGGCGUUACUACGCGCGUCCAGCUCACCACGCCCCCGGCGGCACCAACGCAGCCCCGCCGCUUGCGGGUGUUCGUGGAGCGACUCUCGGCCCCGCUUCUGGAGGCCAACGUAAGCGCCGUCCUUCGCUGGGACACCCCCGAACAGGGCCAGGGUCAGGAGGCACCUGCCCAGGCUCUGGAGUAUCAUAUCAGCUGCUGGCUGGGCACGGAGCUGCACGAGGAGCUGCGCCUCAACCAGAGUGCUUUGGAGGCUCGCGUGGAGCACCUGCAGCCGGAUCAGACAUACCACUUCCAGGUGGAGGCCCGCGUGGCCGCCACAGGAGCAGCAGCUGGUGCCGCUAGCCAUGCCCUACAUGUGGCUCCCGAGGUGCAGGCUGUGCCGAGGAUACUCUACGCCAAUGCGGAAUUCAUCGGGGAGCUGGACCUAGACACGAGGAGUCGCCGGCGACUGGUGCACACGGCCAGUCCCGUGGAGCAUCUGGCGGUGAUGGAGGGCGAGCAGCGUCUGCUGUGGGUCAACGAGCAUGUGGAGCUGUUGACCCAUGUGCCGGGCGCAGCUCCGGCCAAGCUGGCAAGGAUGCGAGCCGAGGUCCUGGCCCUGGCUGUGGACUGGGUGCAGCGCAUAGUCUACUGGGCGGAACUGGAUGUCAACCAGGGAUCGGCAGUGAUCUAUGGCCUGAACCUGUGCCACUUCGAGGGCAAGAUCCUGCAGGGCCAGAGGCUAUGGAGCACGUCCAGGGGUCGCCUGCUAAAAGAUCUGGUGGCCCUGCCCAGUGCCCGUUCGCUGAUCUGGCUGGAGUACGACCAGUCGUUGCCCAGGAAUGGCUCAUUGAGCGGUCGAAAUCUCACCAAUGGCGCCGAGCUGCAUCUGGGCUCGACGGUCCAACCUUUGAUACGCCUGCAUGCUGGGAGCCUAGAACCUGGGGCGGAAACCCUCAACCUAGUGGACCAGCAGGGCAGGUUGUGUGUCUACGACGUGGCCCGGCAGCUGUGCACGGCCAGCAGUGCUCUGCGGGCACAGCUGGGCCUGCUGGGAGAUGACUCCAUCUCGGGCCAGCUGGCCCAAGACUCGGGCUACUUGUACACCUUAAAGAAUGGCAGCAUCCGGGCCUAUGGCCGGCGAAGACAGCAGCUUGAGUACAUGGUGGAGCUGGAGCCGGAGGAGGUGCGUCUGCUGGAGGCCCACAACUACCAAGCGUAUCCCUCCAAAAGCUGCUUGCUGCUGCCGGCAGCUGCUGCUAAUCCUGGAGGAUCUUUGCUGGAGAAGGCAGCAGAGUGCGAGGAGCAGGGAUGUAGCCUCAAGUUGCCACAGAUUUUGGCCUCCAGCGAGUGCCUGAUGCCCAUUCCCGGGGUUAGCUAUCAAUUGAAUUUGACUCUUCUCAAAGAUCAGGAGUUAGAAUCUUCCAAAUCCUCUCUGGGACACUGGCAACUUAGUGCUGGGGAUACCCUGACUAUUACUGGACUCCUGCCCUUCACUCGCUACCGCUUGGACGGCAUCAUUAGUAGCUACUACCAGAAGAGGCUUGCUCUGCCCAGUAGAGUAAUGACAUCCGUGGAGCUCCUGACUGCCGCAGGCACUCCUUCGGCGCCCAGGAACUUUAGUGUUAGGGUGCUGAGUCCCAGCGAACUGGAGGUGAGCUGGUUACCACCUGAGAGACUGCGCAGCGAGAGUGUCUAUUACACGCUUCAUUGGCAAAGGGAAGGCGAGGAGGAGGAAGAGGAUCUCGAGAAGGAUCAAGUGCAGUCACGUCGCCUGGAGAAGGCAGGCAGCCAUCGGCUGGCGGGCAUCAGGCCAGGAACCGGCUAUCGCCUUUGGGUCCAGGCCCAUGCCACACCCACAAAGACCAACACCACUGGCCGGUUGCAUGUCCGCAGCUUUGCUCAGCUUCCAGAUCUGCAGCUUCUGGAAGUGGGACCCUACUCGCUUAGCCUCACCUGGCCGGGUACACCGGAUCCCCUGGCAUCGCUGCUCCUCGAGUGCCGUUCACCCAGCGAGCAGCUGCGUCGGAAUGUGGUGGGCAACUACUCCCGAAUGGUACUGGAACCGCUGCAGCCGCGAACUCGCUACCAGUGUCGCCUGCUCCUGGGCUAUGCGGCCACCCAGGGAGCUCCGCUCUACCCGAGCUCCAUGGUGAACUACGAGACACUGGGCGAUGCGCCCAGUCAGCCGGGUAAGCCGCAAUUGGAGCAUAUUGCCGAGGAGGUCUUCCGGGUGACUUGGACAGCGGCACGGGGCAAUGGAGCACCCAUUGUCCUGUACAAUCUGGAGGCCUUGCAGGCCCGAAGCGAUAAUCGCCGACGGAGGCGUCGCAGGCGACGGAAUAGCGAUGGUUCUGUGGAGCAGCUGCCGUGGGCCGAGGAGCCUGUGGUGGUGGAGGAUCAUUGGCUGGACUAUUGCAACACCACUGAGCUGAGCUGCAUUGUGCGGAGCCUGCACUCGAGCAGGUUGCUCCUGUUCCGGGUGAGAGCACGCAGCCAGGAGCAUGGCUGGGGUCCUUGGAGCGAGGAGAGUGAGAGGGUGGCCGAACCCUUUGUGUCGCCAGAGAAACGAGGAUCCCUGGUCCUGGCCAUUAUUGCCCCAGCGGCCAUUGUAUCCAGCUGCGUCCUGGCUCUGGUCCUCGUGCGAAAGGUCCAAAAGCGCCGCCUGCGCGCCAAGAAGCUACUCCAGCAGAGCCGUCCCAGCAUCUGGAGCAAUCUCUCCACGCUGCAGUCGCAGCAGCAACUAAUGGCGGCCAGGAAUCGUGCCUUCUCCACGACGCUGAGUGACGCAGACAUUGCCCUGCUGCCGCAAAUCAACUGGAGUCAGCUAAAACUCCUCCGCUUCCUGGGCAGUGGAGCCUUUGGCGAGGUCUACGAGGGCCAGCUGCAGACGGAGGAUGCCAAGGAACCACAGCGGGUUGCCAUCAAGAGUCUGCGCAAGGGCGCCAGCGAGUUCGCGGAGCUGCUCCAGGAGGCCCAACUGAUGAGCAACUUCAAGCACGAGAACAUCGUCUGCCUGGUGGGGAUUUGCUUUGACACCGAGUCCAUCUCGCUGAUCAUGGAGCACAUGGAGGCCGGGGAUCUGCUUAGCUACCUGCGUGCCGCCAGAGCCACCAUCAGUGGCCAGGAUCCUGGACUAUCGCUCUCCGAGCUGCUGGCCAUGUGCUUAGAUGUGGCCAAUGGCUGCAGUUACCUGGAGGACAUGCACUUUGUCCACCGCGACCUGGCCUGUCGCAACUGUCUGGUGACGGAGGCAGGAUCAGGAUCCUUAACGGAUCGCCGGCGCACGGUAAAGAUUGGGGACUUUGGCCUGGCCAGGGACAUUUACAAGAGCGACUAUUACCGCAAGGAGGGCGAGGGCCUCCUGCCCGUCCGCUGGAUGUCACCGGAGAGCCUGGUUGAUGGAGUCUUUACCACCCAAUCGGAUGUGUGGGCCUUCGGGGUGCUCUGCUGGGAGAUCCUCACGCUCGGCCAGCAGCCUUACGCAGCCAGGAACAACUUUGAGGUGCUGGCCCAUGUCAAGGAGGGCGGUCGCCUCCAGCAGCCGGCCAUCUGUCCGGAAAAGCUUUAUGCUCUCCUCCUGCUCUGCUGGCGCACGGAUCCUUGGGAGCGACCCAGCUUCCGGCGCUGCUACAACACCCUCCAUGCCCUUAGCACCGAUCUCCGACGCAGCCAGAUGGUGGCGGAGGCUGUGACCAACUCCAAGCCGGAGCCCAAGGUUCGUUUCGAUGGGGAGGUGUUGGAGGAUUCUCCAGGGAAUCGUGAUAGGGAUCAGCCGGAGGAGAACCUUGCCCUGCGGGUGGUGGAGAGUAGUUCUACUAGCAAACCUAAUCCCCUCAAGGAUCAGAAACUGUAUGCCAACGAGGGCGUGUCCCGGCUGUAAGGGGUAUUCAGUCUCCGUCUAUCCAAAAAAAUCGAUUUACAUAGCUUACGAUAGCUUUCCGAUUAAUCUUAAGUCUAAGUUUAAUUUGUAACACAAAAUGGCACAAGAAUGUUUUGAGUGUAAGGAAAUAAUUAAAAUAAUAGUAAUAAUAAUAUUUUAAUAAAUAUAUUAAAAUAAUAAUAAUUAAAAAUAAAUAAGACAAUAAACAAAAUGGUCCAACAAGAAACUGAAUUUGUUACAAAAUAGCUUGAUUCAUGUGAUUAUCGAUAACAUAAUAAUAAUUAGUAAGCUAGGUCUAUAUAUUCGUUAUUUUAAAGUUUUCUGAUGAAUAUAUAUGAGAAAUUAGAAGGAGCUAAAGAUAAGGAAAUAAAUAAAACACUACUUUUGGGUUUAUAUACCUUUAUUACUGUAUAGUAUUUACACGAUUAAUACGAU